CUCAUUUGGAGCAUCCACGUCCCAGGCGUUCCGUUGUUGGUUGAGAACGCCUGGGAACGAGGUUAAUUCAAAGGGAAAGGGUUGUCCCGCCCCCCCACUGAGCAGCGGUCGCGGUAGCACUAAUGUACUCUUGAGCAGCACUCAGCUCCAGCAGUCAACUCCACUCCACUCAACCCUGCUGCACACCGCGCCGCACUAGUGUGAAACAUUGGGCUUCAAAGUUUGAAUCGGCGCGCAUUGAUUGACCAACGUCAACAUCAAUCGGGAACCAAAGGAGUGCAGUUAUACAUCGGAUAGCGUAACGGAGGACUUCUGUUCCGUUAAAAGGUGGCGUUAAAUUGUUUUUUAAAAGGUUCCUGUGAAAAAAUGGACAUUCAGAGAGUGGCAUUGUGUUUAUCUUGCGUGAUAUUAUACCUGGAUAUAUCCCUGAGCCAAAAGGACUGCACCAGGGUGGACUGUCCCGUUCUGCAGAAUUGCAUUGAGGAAGUGCUGGAGGUGGGUGCGUGCUGUGCCACAUGCGUUCACAAGGGAUGCACCUGUGAGGGGUACCAGUACUAUGACUGCGUCAACGCAGGCUUCCGCAAGGGGAAAGUUCCCCAGGGAGAGUCCUACUUUGUGGACUUUGGGAGCACCGAGUGCUCCUGUCCCCGCGGAGGAGGGAGGAUCAGCUGUCAGUUCAUCCCAUGCCCAGACCUUCCCUCUAACUGCAUUGAUAUAAGACAGCCUGCAGACGGUUGUCCGCAAUGUGGGAGGAUUGGGUGUGUCCAUGGCAACGACAAGUACAAGGCCGGCCACAGGUUCCAUAUGGACCCGUGCCAGAUGUGCCACUGCCCUAACGAUGGAGGCCACCUGGUGUGUUCACCCGUUCCUGGGUGUAAUCCGCACGGUAGUAAAAAAACAAUGCUGACCCCUCCAACGGAGAACAAUGAGCCUUUACGAGGUGUCAGUCACCUGCCAGACAACACACAGACCCGGCCUCGGGAGCCCUUUUCAAAGCUGCCGCUUGGCGACACUCUGCCUCUGUAUAAGCAGGACCCGCCCGCUUUUGGCACAGACGAGUAUGACUAUACCUUGGCAGAACCCACCUCUUCCCUGCCGCUGGAACGGGACCAAAUCCCCAAAUCUAUCGCAUCCCCGCUAGCACACCCGGAAGCCAGCUUCGUUUCCUCCACCCCCCGUGAUGACAGGAGGAGAGAGGAGCCCGGAGAGACACCGGGAAGUCUGGACCAGGAGAGGAACUAUCAGGUCAAGGUUCGCCAUCAGCUGCUGCGACAGUACACUGAACAGCCUACCGCGGGAGCUCGCAGAGGAACGAUAACCUCGGCGGGAAUGGCCCCCACCACGCAGAGCGGGACCACGGAGAGUCCCACGCCGCAACAGGAAGCCCCUGGGAGGACCGCUCGGCGUCAGGACGCAGACCGGGAAAGGGUGGCGCCGAACACGUCAAAGGACACGCCGGCGUUCUCUGCCGCUUCUGAUAAAGAAGGCAGACUCGGCGGCCAUCACAGGCACAGGCAGAGCGACAACUCUAGCCGCCAUGUUUCCUCACUUGCUCAAGGCCAUGAGGGACCAACGGAGGCCAUUGGGGGGGAGCAGCGGCCAUAUCCGACGGUCCAGUGGAGUCCCACCAGAAGGUUACCGGUCAGGAGGAGGGAGGAGGGAGACAAGCCAAGGAGACAGGCCCAGACGCUCCUCAAUUACCAUUCUCAGACUGCAGAGGGAGAAACAGAUGUGUCGGCUGCGGAGCUGUUGAGGGUGUGCUGUGAAACGGGGGAGAAAUGGGCCACAGCUAAUGGUCACUGCCUCGCCAUGGAGCUCCCCAGAGAGGAAAGGCACUCCAUCUGUCGAACGGCCCAGAAACAAUGCUGUCUGGGUGCUCUGAGGCAGCAGCGAUGCUUGGCCGGUCUUACCGCAGCCACAAGCGGAGCGGUGUGUGAGGACAGUGAUGAAUGUGGAGGGGACGCCUACACGGAGUGCUGCGGCUGCUGCUCCCUGGGCCUGCGCCUGCUCAGCGAGGGCCAGCGCUGUGAGGCCCCCCCGUACCUGGGGCCCCGCUGCAGACAGAGCCUCCUCACCUGCUGCCGGGCGGAGGCCAGAGCGCAGGGUGGAGGAGCGGACGGAGGCUGGCGCCCCGUCAGGGAGAGGCCCCUUCUGGACCCCACGCCCCUGCCCAAUAAAGUGUCGGACAGCCCCUUCCCGAAGGAGGCCUUCUCCAUCGGUGAGGAGGAGGAGGAGGAGGAGCAGCGGCAGGGGGUGCCGGACGAGGAGAACACGGCGGAGGGUCCCUUCCAGGUGGAGCACCCGUUCCAGGUGGAGGACAUGGACGAGUGUGCGGUGUACCAGGACAGCCUCUGUCCGCAGCGCUGCGUCAACACGCCCGGCUCCUUCAGAUGUGAAUGCUUCGCUGGCUUCUCGCUGCAGCAGGACAACACGUGUAAACCGGAGCGUGAGGAGAACGGCUUGGAGGAGCAUCACAAAGCCACAGCAGGAGGUGUGGAGGAGCCAACUACAACCCCACCUCCUCCUCCUCCUCCCAGCACCCCCACUCAAGCCCUGCUCAACCCCUGCGAAGGACAUAACCCCUGUGCUCAGCAGUGCCGCCCAGUGGGAGGACGGGUGCAGUGCUCCUGUGGUCGGGGCUUCUCGCUGAGGGCUGAUGGGUACUCUUGUGAAGAUGUCAACGAGUGCUUGGUGCAGAGCCAUACCUGCGGGCUGGGCUUUGACUGUUUGAACACAGAGGGUUCCUUCAGGUGCACCGCCAGGACCCAGUGCUCUACAGGCUUUGGGCAGGACGCCCAGGGCAACUGUAUCGACAUUGAUGAGUGCAUGGGUCUGAGCCAGCCCUGCAGUCCCGGAUUCACCUGCCUCAACACCGUGGGCUCCUACACCUGCCAGAGGAAGAUGCUCAUAUGUAGCCGUGGUUACCAUGCCAGCCCAGAUGGCGCUAGCUGCAUUGACGUGGACGAGUGUCAGAACAACCUGCACCGCUGUGGCGACGGCCAGCUGUGCAACAACCUGCCGGGCUCGUACCGCUGCGACUGCCAGCCCGGGUACCAGUACGACUCCUACAGGCGGACCUGUGUGGACGUGAAUGAGUGCUGGCGGUACCCCGGCCGGCUGUGCGCCCAGACCUGUGACAACACCCCCGGCUCGUACCAGUGCUCCUGCACCACCGGCUUCCUCCUGGCCUCCGACGGGAAGAACUGUGAAGAUGUGAACGAGUGUUUGGCCAACCCCUGCGGCCAGGAGUGUGCGAACAUGUACGGCUCCUACCAGUGCUACUGUAAACAAGGUUACCACCUCAGGGAGGACGGACACACCUGCGAAGACAUCGACGAGUGUGCGCAGAGUGUGGGUCACCUGUGCACCUACAAGUGUGUGAACGUGCCCGGCAGCUACCAGUGCGCCUGUCCCGAGCACGGCUACAGCAUGGCCCCCAACGGACGCUCCUGCCGAGAUAUUGACGAGUGUGCCAUAGGAGCCCAUAACUGCUCCCUGGAGCAGACAUGCUACAACAUACAGGGAGGCCACCGUUGCCUGGACCUGAGCUGUCCUCCCAACUACCGCAAAGCAGCCGACACUCGCUGUGAGCGGACUGGCUGUCCCAACCACCUGGACUGCCAGACCACGCCGCUGAGGAUCACCUACUACUACCUCAGCUUCCAGUCCAACAUCCUGGUCCCCGCGCAGAUCUUCCGCAUCGGCCCGUCCCCGGCCUACACCGGUGACAACGUCAUCGUCACCAUCACCCGGGGCAACGACGAGAACUACUUCAGCACGCGCAAGCUCACCGCCUACACGGGCGCCGUGUACCUCCAGAGGCAGGCGCCCAGCCCCCAGGACUUCCUGAUCGAGGUGGAGAUGAAGCUGUGGCGCCAGGGCACCUUCACCACCUUCCAGGCCCGGAUCUAUGUCUUCAUCACCGGCAACCCGCUCUGACGUGACUCAGGCGUCAACGCUCAGGGGGGGCUCAGGCAUCGACGCUGAGGAGUGACUCAGCCCGACGCUGGCCCGGGUCUCCGGCGGCGGCUGGGUGUGGCGCGCAACGUGAGCCAGCGGUAUUAACUUGUUUCUCUUUUGGUAUUUUCUCUGCGGCCAGGUUUUGUUUUUUUCCUUAUUGAAA